GCUAUCUCAUCUCUAUUCCAGUGUCCCCUCCAUCAACCUGAGCGGCUGCAAGUACGAGAGUGCUGUCUGCUAAAAUGAGCAAGAAGGGUUCCAUCAGAUACAGUGCAAGGGAGUACCUGGCCUUGGAGACAGGAGCUGAGGGUUGUCAACUGUUUAAGGUAAAGCUGGUGGUGAGCAGGCAGGAUCUGUACCGGGAACCUCUCCCUGUGCUGUUCAUCCCUGGUGACUCCAGGGAGCUCGUCUACUCUCCCCUCCCACUCUUCUUUCCUUCCACAAGCUGGAUCUUGAAAGAACGAACUCCUGGCCCUUGAGGGGUGUUAUUAAUCUACUUUACUACAGGAUCUUGGUGUGCAUGAAUCCCCAUCACCUCCCCAGCCCUGCCAAAUUCAUACUUGGCACUAGCAGGAACCAUCCCAGCAGAGACCUUUCCCUGCUGAGCUGUGUUCCGCUGCUGAAAGACCUUUGAUUUGGGAGAUUAAAUCCACAUCUUUGCAAGACUUGUAUCUGCUUGUGAGGUGUAAGACCUGUGGGAAAUUCAACCCUGCUGUUGAGAGGCCCUGGCACCUCAAGGCAGGUGGAAUUAGAGGGUUAAGAGCUCCCAGAACACUUUCAGCCAGAGGCUUGGCCAGAUAAAACUGGUGUUCUUGACACCUUCCAAGGGGUCAUGUUUAGUAUCAGGUUACUUAUACCUCUGAGAGGCGAACUGCAGCCCAAAGAGCUGCAUACUCCAUCCCUUCUUAUUUUGCCGGGGUGGCAGUCUCCUGUGUGUGGCUCCUCAGCCAGAGAUUUGUUUCACAUUCCAUCCCUGGUUAUUCUGGGUGUUUAUCAGUCCCUGUACGUGGUUCCCUUGCCUGGCCCCUGUCACUGCUUGCCUUGGCACAGUGCGGCGGGCGGCGCAGCACUGCGGGCUGAAGGAAGCAGGAGAAAAUGAGGAGUGGACAGUGUACUGGACAGACAGCGCCGUCACUUUGGAGCGCCUCAUGGAAAUGAAGCGCUUCCAGGUAAACAAAACAGCUGCCCAGCAGGAAUUGCUCAGGAAGGAGGGUGACACAAGGCUGUCUGUGAACAGCACGUGGCAGAGUGAAACAAGCACCCGAAGCGGUGCCAUGCACCAUCUGUGCCUCGGCUCCAGGGCACAGGGUCCAUGUACCAUGUCCCUGGUGGGUGUCACCAGCAGCAGUCAGCAGCUAUGCGGGGAGCAGGAGCCUUCCAGCCCUGUGAUGUGCUGUGAAAUAAACAGUUGUCGAUGAUAAACGGCUCUUACGCUGCUCCAGGGCUAAGAUUGAAUAGACAGAUAAAUCACUAGUGAAGCUCAGAUAAAGCAGCUGUAGCAAGUCUCACCCCACAGCAGCAGUUCAAGACAACCACAGGCCUGGCUUCCUUCUUGCUGCUGGUUCUCCAUGCUCAGGCUCUCCUCGGGGCUGGGAGAAUCCAUCCCCACAGGGCCUCCACCGAUCUGGGUUUUUCUGCCCCACUUUCAGAAAAUCAACCACUUCCCAGGCAUGAUUGAGCUGUGCCGCAAGGACCUGCUGGCUCGAAACCUGAACCGCAUGCUGCGGCUCUUCCCCAAGGAGUACAACAUCUUCCCCCGCACGUGGUGCCUGCCAGCCGACUAUGGAGAUUUCCAUGCCUACAGAUCCAUAAAGAAAACAAGAACAUUUAUCUGCAAGCCUGACAACAGCUGCCAGGGAAGAGGGAUCUUCAUAACCCACCAUCCGGAGGAGAUCAAGCACGGGGAACGCAUGAUCUGUCAGCAGUACAUCUCUGAGCCCUUCCUCAUCGAUGGCUUCAAGUUUGACAUGCGCAUUUAUGUGCUGGUCACGUCCUGUGACCCACUGAGGAUUUUUGUCUACAAGGAGGGCCUUGCCCGGUUUGCCACCAUGAGGUACAUCGAUCACAGCACGAAAAACCUGGGUGACAUCUGCAUGCACCUGACCAAUUAUGCAAUCAACAAACACAAUGAGAACUUUGUCAAGGAUGACAUGGUGGGCAGCAAGAGGAAGCUGUCCACUCUGAAUGCCUGGAUGGCAGAGCACAGCUAUGACACAUCAAAGCUCUGGGCAGAUAUUGAUGACAUUGUUAUCAAGACACUGAUUUCGGCUCACCCUGUGCUGAAACACCAUUACCAGAGCUGCUUCUCCAGCCACCCUACUGGCUGCGCCUGCUUUGAAAUCCUGGGCUUUGAUAUUUUGCUGGAUAGAAGGCUGAAGCCAUGGUUGCUGGAGGUGAACCACUCUCCCAGCUUCAACACGGAUUCUCAGCUAGACCAUGAGGUGAAGGAUGCCCUUCUGUGUGACACCCUCAACCUGAUCAAUGUGCACGCCUGCGACAGAAAGAAGGUGCUGGAGGAAGACAAGCGGCGGGUAAAGGAACGGCUCCUUCAGGCCAAUCAGAUUCCCCGUGAGUCCAGGCGCAGGGAGCAGGAGAGCAGCCAGGCUGCCUGGCUGGCACAGGCUGAAACCUACGAGAACGAGCACCUGGGGGGGUUCCGACGCAUCUACCCAGCUCCUGGGACAGAGAAGUAUGAGCCAUUCUUCCAGCAGAGCAGGUCCAUCUUCCAGGAAACAGUAGCAUCCAAGGCACGAGAAGAGUAUGCCAGGCAGCAGCUGGAGGUGAUGCGCCUGAAAAAUGAAAAGCUGGAAGCUGCCAUCAGGAAGAAGAAAGCAGAAAGAAUGCAGAAUAGAAGCACAGCUCCUACAAUCCACCUCACCCACAGAAGCACUAAGGCAUGGGAUGGAAAGGUGCAGCGCAGGCAGUACAACUCCAUGCAGCCCCAGGACAUUGUGGAACAUGAAGAGAAGAGGAGAGUGAAUGCUCUGCUGCAGCGUGAGAAGCUGAUCCGACACCUGGGCAUCACCGAGCAGCUUUCCCGGCUGCUCCCCACAGCUGACACCCAGGGAUCCUGUGUGCUCCAGAAACAGCUGCAGUUUCCCUGGGAUCUCCUCAGGGACCACAACACCCACGAUUUAAUGAUGCUUAUCUCACUCCUGGGAGUCCCAGCUCAGCCCUUGGGACACAGGAUCAUGCCCAGCCCUAGAGCCCAGGCCCUGCCACGGCACAGCCCAGGCCCAGAUCCCAAUGACAUCAAGACCCUGUGCAUUCAAGGCCGGAGUGUCCCGUACCACGCACGGCAGGAGGGCCCCCGGGCAGCAGCCACCCAGCCCUGUGCCCAACCUAAGGGGCUGCAGCUGUGUGACCAGCAGCUCCCUGGCAUUGGAACCCAGGCUGAAGGCUAUGAUGUCGGUAGUCUGUCAUCCUCCGAUGAAGGCAGCUGUCCCCCGGCUUCCCCAGCCAGCCCAGGGCAGGGUGAUGGCAUCUUCCACUGUGCUGUGGUCCCGGAGCUUCCCAUCACCACUGCCGCUCACGCACAGCACACACAUGGCUCACAUCAUGGCAGAGCCUCACAAUGCCAGUGCGUCACACCACGCCAGGACCUCACCCCAUGCCAGAGCCUCACGCAUUCACAGCAUGAAAAGCACAGGGCUCGGCGGCGGCGGGCGGCGGCGCGGAUGGAGCGGCUGCGGCGGGAGCUGGGCGGGGGCCGCAGAGCCCCCGAUCGCUCCCUGACCUGGCAGGCGAUGGAGCAGCUGCGGUUCCUGCGGCAGGAGCUGCCCGAGGAGUGGCCUCUGGAGCGCCUGGCCCAGGGCUUUGGCGUCGGCACCGACGUGGUGCGGCGGGUGCUGCGGAGCCGCGGCUGCCCCUCACCGCGCCGCCGGCUGCGGCAGGACCAGCGGGCGCUGAGCGCUGCCGCCACGGCACCGGCACCGGGCACCGGGGACGGGCGUGAGGUGCGCGCCCCCGACGGGACGCUCUUGUACCGGCUGCCGCGGGGCUGGGGCGGGCCGGGGCCCGGCGUGCAAUAAACGGAGCUGGGACCCGC